AUGCCAUUGAGGGCCAACCUUGUUCUGCUGUCUGCUGCCAACGAGGGCCAGUGUCACCUAAAGGAGAGGUGGUUUGGAACGCAGUACAGCGUGGAAGCCACCAGCUUUGCUUUGAAGGUUGCUGACUGCCCAGAGACAGAAUAUCCCAUCAAAAUAGUGAGCACAUGGCAAAGCUGCCUGUGGUACAGGAAGGACCAUAAACUUAAAAUCCCCAAAGGUUACGUUCGUUUCCAUCUGAUCUCUCCGUUGAUACAGCGGUCUGCAGAGAACAUAGUGUUGUUCGAUACGUUUGUAAACAUCCUUUCUCUCAACCUUGGUGAACCAGCUUACGCAGCAGACGUCGCCCAGCUGGAAUACAAGCUGGUGGCUGGAGAGCACGGCUUAAUCAUUCGAGUGAAAGGAUUCAAUCAUAAACUACCUCUUCUGUUUCAGCUCAUCAUUGAUUACUUGACUGACUUCAGCUUUACUCCAGCAGUUUUUGAAAUGAUAACAGAGCAGCUGAAGAAAACAUAUUUCAAUAUCCUUAUCAAGCCUGAGACUCUGGCCAAGGAUGUGCGUCUCCUGAUUUUAGAACAUGGCAGGUGGUCCAUGAUAGACAAGUACCAGACACUGAUGAAGGGCCUUUCCACUGAGGCUCUCACAUCCUUUGUUGAGGCUUUCGAGGCACAGCUGUUUGUAGAGGGUCUCAUGCAAGACUAUGUGAUCCCUAUGUGA